AUGGCAAACCAAACGCCGGCCGUUGUCAUGGACAAGUAUGCGCCAAUCCCUCUCUUGCCCCCCUCUGCUACUCCGGCAUGCGGCACCGGUUUCUCGAAGCUUGGUUUUGCCGGUAACGACUCUCCCUCUUUCGUGUUCCCGACGGCCAUUGCAACGAAGUCCGGUGCAGGGAGCGCAGGUACCGGUGCUGGCCGGCCGUCAGUCGCGAACAAGCCGUCCUUCCUGACCGGCGGCGCCGGCCCUGGCGGUCACCUGCAGGCGAAGCGGGGGACGGAGGACCUGGACUACUUCAUCGGCGAUGAGGCGAUUUCGGCGUCGUCCGGGCCUGGCUAUGGCCUGCACUACCCUAUCCGGCACGGAUGGGGGGCAGCGGAUGCUGCACGCUGUGGAGGGGUUGAAGGGAGAACGUGGGCUGACGAAAUCGAACAGGAUCACAUGGAGCGCUUCUGGUCCAACUCCAUUUUCAAGUACCUGCGCGUCGAGCCUGAGGACCACUACUUCCUUCUCACCGAGCCGCCCUUGAACCCGCCCGAGAACCGCGAAAACACGGCCGAGAUUUUCUUCGAGUCGUUCAACUGUGCCGGUCUCUACAUUGCUGUGCAGGCCGUGCUUGCGCUGGCAGCCUCGUGGACGUCGUCCAAGGUGACCGACCGUUCGCUUACGGGUACCGUCAUUGAUUCGGGUGACGGUGUCACGCACGUCAUCCCCGUCGCCGAGGGCUACGUCAUUGGCUCCUCGAUCAAGUCGAUUCCGAUUGCCGGUCGCGACAUUACAUACUUUGUGCAGUCCCUGCUGCGCGACCGCGGCGAGCCAGACUCGUCUCUCAAGACGGCCCAGGAGAUCAAGGAGGAGUACUGCUACGUGUGCCCGGACAUUGUCAAGGAGUUUGCGCGCUACGACCGGGACGCGUCGCGCUUCGCCAAGCAUGCCGCUGUCCUCGCAGGCGGCCGCAAGGUGUCGGUGGACGUUGGGUAUGAGCGCUUCCUGGCGCCUGAGAUUUUCUUCAACCCAGAGAUCUACAGCUCCGAUUUCCUCACCCCCCUGCCCGUGGUGGUGGAUGGCGUGAUCCAGUCGUCGCCCAUCGACGUGCGGCGUGGUCUGUACAAGAACAUUGUGCUGUCCGGUGGCAGCACGCUGUACAAGGACUUUGGUCGGCGGCUGCAGCGCGACAUCAAGCAGCUCGUCGACGCGCGCAUCCGGGCGAGUGAGGCGCGCAGCCACGGCGCCAAGAGCGGUGGUCUUGAGGUCCAGGUCAUUACGCACAAGCGGCAGCGGCACGGCCCCUGGUUCGGCGGCAGUCUGCUCGGCCAGACGCCCGAGUUCCGGUCGUACUGCCACACGAAGGCUGAAUACGAGGAGUACGGACCUAGCAUUGUCCGGAGGUUUGCCCUUCUGGGUGGUCCCGGCGGCUCAUAA